AGGCAGAAAACACCACCAAACAGCUCCUCGAAUCAGAAGUUGAAAGGAAACAAGCGUCUCAACUCGGAUACACGAAAAAGAGCGACCAGCAGACGACACUUUGCAACCUCAAAAAAAUGACCUCGGACGUCACCAUGGCUCCUGCCACCGCAGGUCCUUCCACCACCCCGGCUCCUGCCACGACGACCUCUUCCACAAACCCAGCCCCGGUGCCGAACAAGGACUCUCGUAUCCACACUCACUCGCACAUCAAAGGUCUCGGUCUCUCUCCCGAGGGACACGCCCUGCCUACCGGUCAAGGGUUCGUAGGACAGGCGCAGGCGAGGGAAGCUUUGGGUUUGCAUCUGGGGUUGCUGAGGAGUGGGAAAUAUUCGGGGAGGCCGUUGUUGUUGGUAGGACCGCCGGGAACUGGGAAGACCGCCCUCUCCCUAGCCCUCUCUCAGGAACUAGGAGCACGAGUGCCCUUCUGCCCCAUGGUCGGAAGCGAGGUAUUCAGCGGGGAAGUGAAAAAGACCGAAGUGCUCAGCGGAGGGUUCAGGAGAGCUAUCGGCCUUCGGAUAAAGGAGACGAAAGAAGUCUACGAGGGAGAGGUGACCGAGCUCACUCCGGCCGAAGCCGAGAACCCCCUUUCUGGGUACGGCAAGACCAUCUCCCACGUCAUCGUCGGCCUCAAGACCGCCAAGGGGACCAAACAGCUCAGGCUCGACCCGACCAUCUACGAGAGCUUGCAAAAGGAACGAGUGGUCGUAGGGGACGUCAUUUACAUCGAAGCCAACACCGGUGCCGUCAAGCGGGUCGGGAGGAGCGAUGCGUAUGCGACCGAGUAUGACUUGGAGGCGGAAGAGUACGUCCCGUUGCCCAAGGGGGACGUGCACAAGAGGAAAGAGAUCGUACAGGACGUGACCCUGCACGACCUGGACAUGGCCAAUGCGAGACCUCAGGGUGGGCAGGACAUCAUGAGCGUCAUGGGACAGCUCGUCAGGGGGGGACGGACCGAGAUCACCGACAAGCUCAGGAGGGAGAUCAACAAGGUCGUCGAUCGAUACAUCGAACAGGGGGUCGCCGAGCUCGUCCCCGGUGUGCUCUUUAUCGACGAAGUCCACAUGCUCGACAUGGAAUGUUUCACCUUUCUCAACCGAGCUCUGGAAUCCCCCAUGUCGCCCUACGUCGUCCUCGCUUCCAAUCGCGGUAACUGCGUCAUCCGAGGUACAGAGACCGAGGGGCUAGGUCAGGCGGGGAUCGUCAGCCCACACGGGAUCCCCAUGGACCUCCUGGAUAGGUGCAUGAUCGUCAGGACGUACCCGUACAAGCGGGACGAGGUCAAGCACGUCUUGGAGACGAGGUGUAGGGUCGAAGGGUUGGACGUCAGUCCAGAGGCUUUGGACAAGCUGGCAGAGGAAGGGGUGAACAGUUCGUUGCGAUAUGCCCUGCAACUCCUCACUCCAGCUUCGAUCAUCGCCAAGAUGUCUGGCCGAAACCAGAUCGACGUUCAGGAUAUCGGCGAGAUGAACUCGUUGUUCCUCGAUGCCAAGCGCAGCGCGGGGGUCUUGCUCGAACAGGAGGGCAAAGGGGCUUGGGCGACGUAUGGAAGGCGAUGAGCCGCUUGUACAGAGUGAAAAUGGAGAGAUAAUAUUAAACGAAUGUAUUUACGGGAACGAGCGCUUGAGCGGAUUGACAGCAAGCAGAGAGCCCUUGGAGGGCAUGUAGGAUGGCAAUGAAUUUGACAGG